AUGACAGAGAUGAUACAGAGAGUGAGUCUUGAAGAAGAAUUGGCCCGUGAUCCGGAGUUAAAAAAAUCAGACAUUAAAUUACUGAAAGAAUGGUGCAAGACACAGCCUCAUUUGCCAAAAAUAUUAGACAGUGAGCUUGUUUUAUUUCUUUCUAGUAAUUACUAUGAUGUGGAGCGAGCCAAAACGACUAUUGAAGCUUUUUACACCAUCAGGACAAAUACCAAGGAGUAUUUUUCAGCGAGAGAUCCUUUGAAGAAUGAAGAACUUCGUCAGGCCUUUGAAACAACAACAUUCAUGCCUCUUGAUGGUGAAACGCCGGAAGGUUACAAAAUAUUCUUUGGCCGGUUGAUAAACUACGAUCCUUCAAAAUUCGUGUGGAGCCCUUCGAUGAAGUAUCUCCACAUGUCGGUAGACCUCUCGAUGUUUACACAGGGUGCUGCAAAAGGUCACGUAUUUAUCUUCGACAUGUCUAACGCUACACUGGGUCACAGCACUCGUAUGAGUCUUCUCGGGUGCAGAAAACUGAUAAACUAUCUCCAAGAGGGACUUCCCAUUCGACCCAAGGGGAUUCAUUUUAUAAGAUCUAUGACUAUUGUUCAGAUUGUGCUGGGAAUGAUCAAGCCAUUUAUGAAGAAAGAGAUCACGCAAACUGUUCACGUUCACACCAACGAUGAGACACUUGAAAAAUUUGUGCCCUUAGACCUUUUGCCCAAUGAAUGUGGAGGAAAAGCUGGACCCUUGAUAGAGAUUCACCAAAAACAUAUAAAACUUCUGGAAGAUCACCGUGAUUUCUUCUUGGAAGAAGAAAUCAAUUGUCGGGUUGAUGAAUCUUUGCGUCCUCGUAGAAGCAGCGGUGCUUUGAGUUUCUUCAGAAGAAGCUCAUGA